AUGCAUACUCAGCUCCUGCAAGUUUCCAAAUCUAAAGCCUUAAAACCAAGAUUUUUUCGCUUCAAACACGACCUCCAGCAACAAUCCUCAAUGCACAGGAGUAUCCGAAACCAGGGUGAGGCUGGCUCCUCGAGCUACAGUCCCCUGGAGGAGAGGUCAUCGGUAUCCCAACUGGGGCCUACUCCGGCAGUGAGUGGGGUGGACGGCCGCUGCUCCACUAUCCUGCCAACCGGAACCCUACCAGAGGCCCGAACCCAAGCGGACCGGACCCUGUUCCCCCCCCUCUGGACCGGUGGGGGUGAUCCCGGUCCACACCCUGGGGCUCAGAAUGCGGAGACAAAACCCGAGCCUAGCGACAUUACCAACCUGCGAUGUGGCCCAGGCGCAUCAAUCAAAAUGGCGGACGCCAGGAGAACCAAAGCCAGAGGGAAAGAAAGCCCUCACCUCGAACCUGCAGCAAGCAAGGCGGCAUUCGGGCACAAGAUAGCCCGAUGCCCGCCACCACAAACAACAAGCACUCACUGCGACAUCAAGACAAGAUGCCUACCCCUCCAGGCGCAACGCAAGACCGCGGCUCCAAAACAGUGGCAGGCCCGAGGCGGAAGGAAGGGUCGGAGGCACAGCAGGCCAGAGUGCACAUUACAACUGACACCCAAAAAACGAUUUACCCUCAAGAUGCAGUGGGGAGCAGAUCCCGCAAGCGAGAUACAGCACUGUCCACAUGGGAUCCCUAUUGCCGACAAAGCACACAGCGACAUCCUCUCCAAAAUAGAGGGACAUUUCUCCGACUUCUGGCAGAAAUUAACACGCCUUUUGCUCCAGCCCUCUCUACCACACAAAGAAGCCUACUUACCCAAAAGCUCUCCACCUAAGCACCUAAGAAGAUCAGUGCCGAGCCUCAAAAUGGCGCCGAAGACAUCACCCAAGCGGACUCAAGCAGGACCACAACCACGACCUAAAAAGCUGAACAGUGCGACACGCAAGUCACGAACCCCAACCUACCGGAGCAUAGGCGAUGUCAGGCAGUGGGCCCCUGCACUCAGAGACUGUGUCAUGUCCCCUGCUGGCAUAGGCUGA